AUGGCAACGCCUGUCACCAACCCUAACAGCACCCACGUGGCCUUGUCUAGCGCCCUGGCACAUGUAGCGACGCAGAGCACGCGGCAGAGCGGGCCUGUGGAUCUGGACGGUGGGUCGCGGAUCCUAUCGAAGCGCAAAAUUCAAGAGCUCGUGAGCGAAAUCGAUCCCACCGAGCGCCUGGAGCCCGAGGUCGAGGACAUUUUGUGCGAUAUAGCCGACGAGUUUAUCGAAUCGGUCACGUCGUUUGCCUGCCAGCUGGCUAAGCAUCGCAAGUCGGACACACUGGAAGCCAAAGACCUGCAGCUGCACCUGGAGAGGAACUGGAACAUCCGUAUUCCUGGCUUUGCAUCCGAGGAAAUCAGAUCAGUCAGGAAGACCACAGUAUCGCAGUCGCAUCAGGAGAAGAUGAGCGCCAUUGUAAACACCAAGAACUUGAGCAAAUUUGACUGA